GAGCGAGAAAGGCAAGCUGGGCCUGUACGCCUCUUCCGCCCCGGGCCCGGAAGGGUGAUGUGGCUGGGGUUUCGCCGGCCUCACUAUGUCUGCCAUUUUCAAUUUUCAGAGUCUGUUGACUGUAAUCUUGCUGCUUAUAUGUACCUGUGCUUAUAUCCGAUCCUUGGCACCCAGCCUCCUGGACAGAAAUAAAACUGGGUUGUUGGGUAUAUUUUGGAAGUGUGCCAGAAUUGGUGAACGGAAGAGUCCUUAUGUUGCGGUAUGCUGUAUUGUGAUGGCCUUCAGCAUCCUCUUCAUACAGUAGCUUGGAAAAAUGCCAGAAUUCAGUUGCAGUCAGAUUUAAAUAUGAAAAAAAAAAGGACUUAUCUGCAGAAAAUAAUGGAAAGAAUGGUUAACCCUUUUAUCUCUGAACAUUGAAUGAGAUAAAUUUUCAGCUGCUGUUCUCUAUUAAUUAUUUUUGUUAUUGGACCAAUGUUCUAUAUAAAUAAUUAGGAUGUAACCAUUUAAUACUCAGAGUUUAAAUAUGUCUGUAACAAUCAACCUCAGUACUGUCACUACAAUAUUACAUUCUGCAUAUGUCAUUCUGUUGUGUCAGAUACCAGUUUUUAGUGAGGUAUCUUUAAGGCACAGAGGAGAAAACAAAAUUGGUAAAUUACUUAAGAAGUUCCUUUCACCGUGAUUUGGAAACGAUAAAUCUUUAUAGAAUGAGACUUUUUGGACUAGCUUUUUUAUUGAAGAAAAAAAAAGGUUCAAUUCAUGUUGAUAAGGACUGCAUUCAUAUUUAAUAAUGCUUGCUUUUCCUCUGGCCACAUCAUUUUGAGCAUUAACCAGAGUACCUCUACUGUUAGCAAACUGUAGUUUAUUACAGGUAUUUAAACUAUUUAAAACAAGCCUAUGCAGUUCUUAAGGAGGAAGAUAAAUGAGAAGUGACUUGAGUGCUAUUGAGAAAAAUGUUCCUAUUUAACAUAAAAGAAUUCAGAAUACCUGACUGGUGUUAUUGUCUCUGAAACCUCUGGUUAAGUAUGGAUAAAUGUCUUAAGCAUAAAUUUGACCAGCUAACUAACUGUCGUUUUUGGAAUAAGACUACAUGCUUAGAGUAAAAAAGAGCUAAACUGAAUGAUAAUCUUAUAUGCGUUUUUCAUUCUUUUUAGUGUUAGGUCUCUACAUUUUAAUUACCCCAAAAUGCAAACUGUGUUUUUGUUUUUUAAUACAGCACUUUAAUUUAUGUUUUGUCUAUCAACUUGAACUGGAAUCUUGUGUAACUUACUACAUGAUGAUAAACAGUUUUCACAUCUACUUACCAUAUGCCAUGGCAUAAAUGUCUUUGAGCUUUGAUGAUAAAGGAGGACCGUCAGUAAUUUUCAUUGAGGCAAGAGGAACAUUGGAAAUGUGACUUAUAAAUUUUGUAGUAGAGCAGUUAUUACACAUUUAUGGUUAAUAUUUCAAAAUUCAGUUAAAGUUUCAAAGCAAAGGAGAACUUCUUAACUAAAAAUUGCCCGUUAUACAUAGUAUUAAUUAAUUAGAUAUUGUUGUCAGCUGUUAAUUCCCCAUAAAGAUAAAAAGAAUAAACUUUUUUUUGUUAAGAAAAAAAAAAUUGUUUAGAAUUAUUUUUAAAUGAGCCUGCCAGUAGCUGUUUCUGCAGGAACAAAGUAUGGAACUGAAAGUUACCUAUUUUUAGGACCACUUUAAAGUACUUAGAAUUCUAGGAAACAUCGAAGAAAAUCUUGUUACACA